AUGACGACGAUGAGGAUGCCGAACUCUGCCUCCAGAAGACAGCAUGUGGUUCCCGAGUUGAAGGACAAGAGCUUGUUCAAGCAGGAAUCAUACAUCAAUGGCAGAUGGGUGCAGGCUAAAGGCGGGAAGACAUUCGAUGUGUACGAUCCGGCUACGCACCAGAAGAUUGGAAGCAUGCCCGAAAUGGACAAGCACGAUACCAAUGAAGCCAUUGAAGCAGCUUCGGAAGCUCUCAAGUCUUUCAGAAAGACCACGGCUCGUCAGAGGGCUACCAUCUUGAGGAAGUGGUACGAUCUCAUGAUGCAGAACUCAGAGGAUCUGGCCAAGUUAAUUACAUGGGAGAAUGGCAAGCCUUUUGCGGAUGCGCAAGGUGAAGUCACUUAUGCCUCGAAUUUCUUCCUGUGGUUUAGCGAAGAGGCGCCCAGGCUUUAUGGGGACACCAUACCGGCCAGUGUGCCUGGUAACAGAGUCUUCACAAGCAGAGAACCAGUGGGCGUGUGUGGUUUGAUCACUCCCUGGAACUUUCCCGCGGCUAUGAUCACCAGAAAGAUAGGACCAGCCCUGGCUGCUGGUUGUGCUGUUGUUGCAAAAUCGCCAGGAGAGACACCCUUUACCGCUGCAGCCAUUAUGGAGUUGGGAGAGCGUGCCGGCGUGCCUCCUGGUGUUGUGAACAUUGUCACAUCUCUCGAUAAUACCCCGGAGGUCGGCCAAGCGAUAACUUCUUCUAACGAUGUGCGCAAGGUUUCCUUUACUGGCUCGACCGGCGUUGGCAAACUGCUGCUAAAGCAGUCCGCCGAUACCCUCAAGAAAACGUCUUGGGAGCUCGGUGGUAAUGCGCCCUUCAUAGUCUUCGAUGACGCCGAUCUCGAGAGCGCCGUAAAUGGCGCUAUAGCUAGCAAGUUCCGCAGUAGCGGCCAGACUUGUGUCUGCGCGAAUCGUAUAUACGUGCAAAGCGGCAUAUACGAAGAGUUUGCAACAGCCUUUACUGAAAAGGUGAAGUCUUUCAAAGUUGGUCAUGGAUUCGACGACGGUGUGACUCACGGUCCGCUUAUCCAUGAUCGAGCUGUUGGCAAGGUCGAAGACCAUGUCUCGGACGCAGUUUCACAUGGCGCUACUGUUUUGGCGGGAGGCCGAAGACUUCCAGAUCUCGGCGACAACUUCUAUGCGCCUACGGUACUUCGCGACAUGACGAAAGAGAUGAAGAUUUCAUGCGAAGAAACUUUUGGUCCUGUUGCCGCGCUUUUUCCCUUCAGGACAGAGAAGGAGGUCGUUGAAUUGGCUAACUCUGCCGACGUGGGUUUGGCUAGUUACCUUUUCUCCAAAAACAUCCAGAGAUGUUAUCGAGUCGCCGAGGCCCUUCAAUUCGGCAUGGUCGGAAUCAACACAGGCCUCAUCAGCGACCCAGCUGCACCCUUUGGAGGCGUGAAACACUCUGGUUUUGGACGCGAAGGUAGCAAAUAUGGCAUCGAUGAAUAUACCACGAUCAAGACCAUGACUAUCGGAGGCAUCGGCGAGCUUCAAUCAUGAACGCUGGCUUGAUAGCUGAGCAGGCAAUCCCGACUUCGAGCAUGUGAGCCAAACUCUAUGCCUGCUCGACCUUUGUCGAAUGUUCGAUAUUCUCAACCGUUGCCUCUACCUUGUCCGUCAUCAGGUCUUUAACGUCCUUCAAAAACCAAAUCGCCACCAUGGCGAUCACGACGAAUGGGAAAAUAGACCACCAUGCAAGGCGGUAUGCUCGUGUGUAUGCCCAUUCGCUCGCAUGUGUUGCAGCAGCCAUGAUCUCGGGGGUAAUACCUGCUAUGCCAGCGGGACUCUUGCCCAAGGUCAUCGCUGCAAGCAAGGCAGCCACCGAGGAUGAAGGCAGUCCCGCUUUAAUUGCUGCGGCUGACACGUUCUUUGCCCACGUUUCGCCUAGUUUGUUAUUGACUAUAGCGUCCAAUACGGCCGAACCGAAAGCGCCGCCAAUGGAACGAGCCGAAAACGCAAGGCCAGUUGCCGUGGACAAGUAUUUAUGAGGUGCCGUAAAUUGUACCAAAGCGACGAUCAACGUCAAUGGCCCUGCUUGGCCG